AUGGCUUCUAGGGCAAUCAUCAGGAGAAGGAAGUAUAUUCUUGAGCAUACUAAUGGGCCUCGCCUAUUACAUUCAUGUAAGUUUACUUCCGGCCAAGGAACAUUUGGAUGUGAUGUUGAGCACAACACUGUAUCCCAUGUGCCGCAGCAGAAUUCGGGGGAUUCUAGCCAUGAGAAGCAGCAAUUUACUUUAAGGAAUAGAUGCCUUUUGGGCCUUAGUAACGGGUUCCUGCGCCGCCCAGCCCUUGGUGUUCCUCUUGCCUCUUAUGAAUCCAAAACACAUAUUUCUGUAUUCCCCUUGGGAGCCAGGUAUUUCCGGCAGUCAGUCCGCGCAGCGUCAGAAACAGCUGGGCAGCCGAAAUCUGGUAUUAAGAAUGGAAAGAGUGAGGACCAGAACCAACCAGAAAAGGAGGCGUCUCCAGAAGAGUGUGACCAGGCGGUGGAAGGCUUAAGCACUGCAAAGGCUAAAGCCAAAGCAAUGGUGCAGGAAGUCCAAAAGACUGACCAAUCGAUCAUACAGAAAUUCUGGGCAACACUUCUGGGUAUUGGUCCUGCUCUGCGUGUUAUUGCUUCAAUGGGCAGAGCCGACUGGGCUGCGAAGUUGAAGCAUUGGAAGGAAGAAUUUGUUUCUACGCUGCAGCAUUAUUGGCUGGGCACUAAGCUACUGUGGGCAGAUGUUAGCAUUUCAUCAAGAUUGUUGGUGAAGCUUGCUGAUGGAAAGAGCCUUACAAGGAGAGAGAGGCAACAGCUUACACGCACAACAGCAGACAUGUUCAGGCUUGUACCGUUUGCUGUGUUCAUCAUCAUUCCGUUCAUGGAGCUCUUGCUGCCAGUGUUCCUGAAGUUGUUCCCAAACAUGUUGCCAUCCACUUUCCAGGACAAGAUGAAAGAAGAGGAGGCAUUAAAGAGGAAAUUGAAAGCAAGGAUGGAAUAUGCAAAAUUCUUGCAAGAUACAGCGAAGGAAAUGGCAAAAGAAGUGCAAACAUCACGUAGUGGGGAUAUGAAACAGACAGCUGAAGACCUGGAUAAAUUUUUGGACAAGGUCAGGAAAGGUGGACAUGUCCCCAAUGAAGAAAUUUUGAGCUUUGCAAAGUUGUUUAACGAUGAGCUGACUUUGGAUAACAUUAACAGAUCACGGUUAGUAAACAUGUGUAAAUAUAUGGGAAUUCAGCCUUUCGGUACAGACAACUACUUGAGAUUCAUGCUUCGAAAGAAGUUACGAGACAUUAUGAAUGAUGAUAAGAUGAUUGAGGCUGAGGGUGUGGAGUCUCUUUCUGAGGAGGAGCUCCAACACGCUUGUCGCGAACGUGGCCACCUUGAUUUAUUGUCAACAGAGGAGAUGCGCCAUCAGCUCAAAGACUGGUUGGAUUUAUCACUCAAUCAGUCUGUGCCAUCAUCUCUUCUGAUUCUAUCAAGAGCUUUUACUGUAUCUGGGAAAAUGAAACCUGAGGAGGCUGUUGUAGCAACGUUAUCUUCUCUGCCAGAUGAAGUUGUGGGUACAGUUGGAACAGCAUUGCCUUCUGAAGAUUCUGUUUCUGAAAGGAAGAGAAAAUUGGAAUUCCUAGAGAUGCAGGAGGAACUUAUCAAGGAGGAAGAGAAAGAAGAAAAGGCAAAGCUAGACGAACAAGAGGCUACUAAGGAAGAUUUGGCUUUGAAGGAAAUGACUGAGCCUACUGCUAGGGAAGGAGAGGAACUAAAGAAAUCAAAAGAACAUGAGAAGAAUGACCACCUUGGUGACAUCAGUCAAGCAUUGGCUGUGCUCGCAUCUGCUUCUUCUGUUACCAAAGAGCGAGAAGAGUUUCUGAGCCUUGUAAAUAAAGAGAUAGAACUAUAUAACACCAUGCUGGAAAAGGAGGGCACAGUGGAUGAAGAAGAGGCUAGGAGAGCAUAUAGGGUGGCCAGGGAGGAAUCAGAUCAUGCUGCAGAAUUAGUUGCAGGAGAAAAAGUUUCUUCAGCAUUAAUAGAGAAGGUUGAUGCUAUGCUUCAGAAAUUAGAGAAAGAGAUUGAUGAUGUUGAUGCACGAAUAGGCAACCGCUGGCAGGUGCUUGAUAGGGACCGUGACGGCAAGGUGACUCCGGAAGAGGUAGAAGCAGCCGCAGGUUAUCUCAAGGACACCAUGGGGAAGGAAGGUGUCCAAGAGCUUAUCAGCAACCUUUCCAAAGACAGAGAAGGGAACAUCCUCGUGGAAGACAUCAAGAAGAUGGCGUCGCAAACGGAGGAAAACUGCGAGCAGAAAGAAACGGCGCGCUGA